UCACCUAUUGUGGAUUCGCACCUCUUUGUGGUUACACAAAACUACUGAUCGAGGAUGAUCCGAUGCUGCAUUCGAUCUUUUGUUUGAAACGGAACAGAUGAUGCUAUGGGCUGCGCUAUGAUGUGAUCGUUGAAGAAGGAAAGCCAUGGAUUAUGGUGAUAUCUAUGAGGUGGUUGUAAGAGUGCUUGUGUUAGUCAAGAAAUCUGCAUAACGCUGGAGGUGGGGAUGACUCAAGAAAUGGGGCAGAAGUGUUUAGUGACGCUGAAAAUGCAUCGGCAGCUCUAUAAAGAGCAUCUGAGCUUGCAAAAGUCUUUUAGUUCUCUUUACCAACAUUUGUCCGCUGAUGGCUCGAAAAAUCGUACACCCAGUUUGUUUGAAGAAAAAAACAGGUUAGAAGCUAUGGUCAAGCAUUUUAAACAUAAGGCAUUACAACUGCAAAAUGAAUUAGAAGAUUCCAAUGAACGGUGUGAGCUGUUGGAGUUUUGCCUUUUGGAAUUAGAAAACCAAGUCCAGGUUUCUGACAGUGAUUGUGAGGAUAAGGCUGUAAACACCGAGAUAGAUUCUGAAGUAUGGGAAAGAAACAUCCUCAACAGCAGGAAUGAUUGUACACGUCCCUCGCACAAAGAUAUAAAUCAUAGUGAAUGCGAUUUCGAUGAAAAGAAAAUUGGAAUUCAGACCACAAUGGAGUCAGAAAAUUAUCGUACAGAAUUGGAGGAAACACAAAAGAAACUAACAAGUUUGACGGAGCAAUUGGAAAAUGUCUUAAAAUACAACUGCAAGUUGGGUGUAGGAAUGGAUUACGUCAUUGCAACAGUUAACGAAUUACAAUCAUUGCUCGAAUGGACUGCGGGGAAAAAAGAAUUUAAGGCCGACAGUGGGGUCAUAUUCCAGAAACUUCAACAACUUGAACGAAUUCAAAAGGAUCUCGAAAAAACUACAACGGAGUCUGAACAUAUUCGAGUUAUAACCGAAAUCGAAAGGUCGAAUCAGCUUGCUCCAGAUCAACAAGAAUUACAAAGAAUAACAGAUGACCAUCAACAGUUCAAAUCCAAUGAUAAAAACAUCCAAGAAGAGCAUACAAAUCUCCUUGAAAAUAAUUUAAAAAACAUCGAGUCAUAUACAUCACCAAAAUCAUUAGACAUAUUAAGUCAGCCAUUAGAGGAAGAUUCGAACUUGUUAAUAGAUUUAAUUUCUGAAAGCGAUGAUGUUAUUCAAAACGUAAAAUCUAAAGACUGCAACGAGGAUUCUCAUGAUUCAUUAGGAACAAAUAUUAGUGAGGACGAAGGACUUGGUGACGAAAGCAGGAGAGGGGACUCAACCGGUCCUAGCAGUUUCGUUGAAAUUCAGGAAUCUUUAAUAGAUAGCGUUUCUGAAUGCACAAUAGUACCUCUCCACCCAGGGACGGAAAUAGUAAUCAUCGAUACAGAAGGCCAUGAAAAGGCCAAAGAAUGUCUCAGUGAUAGUAAGGAUUCUGAGAAUUCUCUAAAUGUUUGUUUGUGUGCCAUUGGUAAUUUGCGAGAAAGUUUAAGAGCAAAAGAAAAUGAGCUUCUAAAAUUAUCAGCUAUUCAAAAUGACCAAGUACAAAUUGCUGCUCUUCAGGACGUCAUACUGAAAUUUCACAAAGAAUCGACCGAAUUAAAAGGACUUCUCGAGAAACUGAAAAAGGAAAACGCAGUGUUGAAAGAACAAGUUCUGGAGUUGGAGGAAGCAGAAAACGAUGCUAGAUUGCAAGCUCAAAAAUUAGCCGAAAAGCUUGAAUUUUUGCAGGAAAAAGAUUCACAUUUUCAAGCAGAACUAGCUGAAACGAAGCAAUCACUCGAAAAAUGUGUUGAAGAGUUAUCCCUGAAAGAAAUAGAAGAAAGAGAACUGCGUUCGCAACUUAAAUACAUGGAAGCGCUGGCACAGAAAUAUGAAGAUCAAAUCCGUACCAUGGAAAUAGUUGAGAUCGCUUUGCGUAAAAAACUAAUAGAACAGGAAGAUGAAUUUAAGAUCAUCGAAAAAACUAUCAUGGAUGCUGAACCCGAAAAAAGUGAGCGAGGAACUCAAACUUAUGACCCCCGUUCAAAACCUAUUAAAACAUUUGAUCACGAAGACUCCUUGAUGGAUGACGAUUCCUGUCAUAAAUGCUCAAAGCAUGGUAUUAUUUAUGCAACAGUCGACAGAAGUGUCCAAGCUUCUGACAGUGAACUUGUUAUGCAUUCCGUUGCUGUUGACGCUUGCUUACAAACGGAUGAAGAUUCUAAAGAUGUUCAUCCUAAUCAGCUGCAGUGUGUUUUACAGAACUCAAUAUCUCCAUGCACAGAAGAAUCAUCGCAAGAUUCAUAUUCGAUGUCCAUGCAUGUAGAAUGUCCAAUUCAAAAAGAGCUUCUCAAACGAUUGCAUCAACUGGUAGAAGAAGAUGCUCAUUUGCAACAACAGUUGCACUACGUUGACCAAAUAAACCUUACACUAUGGAAAAAAUUGCACAAUCUAGAAUUCCACAUCGGUGAAUGUAAGAAGAAGAAUAUGUCUGAAGACUGUACUAGCGAUAGCUGCAUAGAUUCUGAGUGUGAUAUCUCAAGUCGACCAUUAUCUCGUGAGCAAUUACGAGAGGACAGCGCUAGAAACAGUAAAGGUCAGAGCCCAACUUCAAGUAAAGGGAUAAUUACCUGCUUGGACCAAAGUGAGCAAGAAAUCAAAGAAAGACUUUUAAAACUAGAAAAAAUAAAUGCUGCUUUUGAAAAAGAGUUAGAAGCAAGGGGAAAACUUUAUUUAGAGAAAGAAAGAAAAUAUGGUGAAUGGGUCCAAACAGAGCAAAGAUUUAUUGGGGAUCUGAAGAGACUAUCUGACGAAAGAGAUCAUUUGAUUAAUCAAGUGACUCAACUGCAAAAAGAAAAGAAGCAACUAACAACUCGAGUUACUGAGUUGCAGAAUGAAAUGGCGAAAGCUCAAGAACGUUAUGAAAAGGAAAAUUUUAAUAUCAAAGCGGAGCAAGAUGAAAUUAUUUUGAAAUUCCAGCAGAAAGUUGAUCAGUUAUUACUGAAAGAAAAGGAACAUCUUAAGCAAAUAACGAAUUUGAAAAUAGAAAGAAUCAAAAGCAGUGAAUCAUCGGAAUCUGACAAAUUAAAGUCUAGUUAUGUUGAACUUCAACUUGAGCUUAGUAAAACGAGAGAUACUAUGAGGAAGAAAGAAGACGAGUUUAGAAUGCGAUUGGAAGAAUGUAAAAGUAAACAUAUCUUGGAGGAAGCUCGAUUAGUAUCUGAGCUUGAAAUGUUACGAAAUAAAAAUUUGAAUUGUGACGAGUUGAUAAAGAACUUCCAGAUUCGUCAAGAAGAGCUUAUUAUAAUGUUGCAUCAGAAAGAAAAAGACAUGGAGCAGGCACGAGAUGAGUACAAAAAGAGCAUGGAAGCUACCGAGGAAGAGCACCGGACUCUUGAAGCUGAACUGAAGUACCAGUUGCGUCAGAUGGAAGAAGGAACGGCUGUUGCUACAAGAGUUUUAACGGAAGAGCGCAUGAGAAUUGAAAAAGAGCUUCAGGAAAAUAUUGACGACUUGAGGAGCAAAGAAGAAGUGUACAAAGCACGCAUUUCUGAGUUAGAAAAUAAUGUUUCUCGUUUGCACCAAGAACUGCACCGGAUUACGGGAGAUUUAGAUUCGGGAUUUUCGUCUGAUAUGAGCAGCGACGGCAUCAGUAACUUUCGACGAGAGAAACUUAUGAACCAGCUUCGUGAACUGCGUGAUCGUGAGACUGAAUUGCGUGAAAAAUUAGACGAAAUGGAACAAAAGGAAGCUGCUUACCGUGAAACGCUGGAACAUGCUGAUAGAAUCGUCGCCUCGGUUGAGCAAGGUUAUAAGAAUAAGAUCGCUGAGUUAGAAAUCUCCGAAAAGAAUCUGAAGCAGCGUGUUGGGCACCUUGAAGAGGUUGAAAGUUGUCUUCGUGGCGCUCUACACAAAGAAAGGAGAAGUUCUGAUGGUAGAAAACCGGAUGACUUAGUGGUUGAACUUCUGGAAGCUGAAGCAAGAGAGAAUGGACUAAAAGAAAAGAUUGAAAUGUUAGAACAAUUGCAUAGAAAUGCCAGCAACAAAGUCAGGGAUUUAGAAAAGAUACGAGAGAAACUUGAAGGGCAAGUUAAUGACAGAGACGAGCUUUCGUCAGACUUGAGGAAAACCCAACAAGAACUGGAAACUGCCCGAAAGUCUUUGGCCAAAUUAAAAAAGUCCGAAAGUGAUUUGAAAACUUCUUUGCAACAGACGGAAAAUGUGUUAACAACGACGGAAAGUCAACUGCAAUCCAAAAUCAAGACCAUAGAAGAAGAAAAGAAAGGUCUUGAAGAAACUAUUCACGAGUUAAGGAAUCAAGUCCGAGGAAUGAAAAAGAAACUGGAACGCAUAUCAGACGUAGAAGAAGAUAUUUCAUUUGCUUUGCCUACAAAGCCAGUUGCACCACUGAGUGUUAAAACAUUAAAAAACACUAAUGUUGAAGACAUUGAUUACGCAGAGAUUGAUGAUUCUUAUGGAGUGCCCUAUCAGCCCACCACAAGAACGUGUGCUUCCAAAACUCAAACUCCACGUCCAUAUCAGACAUCAUCAUUACCAAGUGCCAACAGAAAUAAAGCAAAUGUGACUUCUGCCAAAGAAAUGACUGCAAACAAGAUCAAAGAUGGAAAUUUUCCAGACAGCUGUGAUGAUGCUCGCCAAAAUUUAGAAGACUGUAUGCUUCGUGCCAUGGCCGCAAUGAAAAUGGAUAUGCAAAAUAAGAAAAUAAAUCGAGAGCAAGCCGAUAAGCGUAUGAAAAUGCUGUUUAACAACACCGCAGAUAAGUCGAAAGCUUGCAAGCAACAGGUCUCACCUAUCCAAACAGCUUCAGAAGAUAAUGAUUAUGAUGAUAUUCUUCCCCGUCCAACCAACUUCCGAGUCGUUCAGCAAGUAGGAUCAGAUACUCUUCUAGUUGGCUGGGACUAUGUCAAUCCGUCUGUGUUGGAAGGAUUUGAAGUGUACUUAGAUGGCCAACUGCACGAAACAGUGUAUACGCCUGAUCGCACAAAAGCUCUCAUCAUUGGAUUGAACUUGAAGAGGCCUCUGCAGCUUAGCAUUUGCGCACUUUCUCGUGAAGGCCAGAUGUCUGACCCGGCCGUUCUCGACCUCCCACCCCAAGAUAAGAACAACAGAUUUCAAGAUGACGGGGACGAAGACAGUCUCUGUGACGAAUACAGUUCCGAGAAACAAAGACCAUACUCAAUGGAAUGGUAGGCGCCAAUAAAAAUCCAACUAAAAAUUUAUAUUUUUAUCAUGAACUCGUCUUCAGAUUAUCUGGCAGUCAACAAACAUAUCAUACAGCAAUAUUUGGCGCAUAUGUAUAUUUUUUUCCAUCAGAAAUUACUGACAAAGGAUUCAAGCAGAAGAAUUUUCUUCUGUCUUAAAGCAAAUAAUGUUUGGGACGCAUUGUAAAGACAUUAUUCUUCAUCAUAUAAUUCAAAGCUUGAACUAUCACUAUCUUGAAGUGGACAUUGAAUUUUUUAAAAUAGGUUGUGAUCAUUGUUUUGCAUCAAAUCGAAUAAGAAGUUAAUUUUACACUGCAGUCGUGCUGCCCUCUAUGGAAAAUUUUACAAGUUGCUGGAAUUUCUUCAUCUGUACAUUCAAGUGUUCAUCAUUAGAAGGGAAGAUAAAAAGGUUUUUUUUUUUUUUUUUUUUUUUUCAUGCUGAUCAUUUAUUUCAUGCUUGAAGUCAUAUUGUAUUUUGCUUGUUCAUAAUAAAGGGUGUUUCUCUUGAUUUCUUGUU